UUUUUGUUUCGAUAUCAGUUUGCUGGAGAAUGCAAUCCAAUAUUUCUUGAAGAUUUACUAGAAAUGAUAUUAUUCAUCCUGGCAAGGAGGAAACAAACUAGGAGCGGGAUGUUACUGCACCAGAAAUCAGGAUAGACUUCGGCAGCAAACAGUGACCCCUCUACGUCAGUGGAUCAGGAGGAUCCACGCUUUCUCUGUCAUUCUUGGCCGUGCCUUGUUACGCAGCAUCAGCGCUCCCAACAUGGGCAGAUAACAGAGCCGACUAGACUGUCAUUCCUUUCACGGCAAGAUAUCGGAGAGCAUCAAACAGCAGGCUGCUCACAUCAAUCGUUAGUGAGAAAUUAUUGAGUGCGGUUGUGUAGAUAUACAGCAUGGCGUUCAGGCGGAUUAUUCACUUUAAAUAUGCCUGAAUUCUAACCUGUAGAUUACCGUAAACGCAGGUUAAGGACUGAACGUGCUGAUAUGAUACUUCAGUGGGAUACAAUUCGUUAGACUGACUAAGACUUCUCUAGUUCCAGCAAUGUCGGGGUCUACAAAGCUAGACUUCUCCGAAGUGGAAACUUUUCUGGAUAAUCAUCCAGAUCUUUUCGAAGACUACCUGCUGAGGAAAGGCAAAUACAGCGCGGUGGAGAAGUGGCUCAAGCAGCAUCAUCUCAGCAAAACCCCAUCGACCCCCACUACAGGGGAGAAGGGCGCUGUCGCCAAGGAGUGCUGGGUGACCAAAGGAGAUGGCCUGCAGAGGAGACCCUCCCAGCGGGAGCUCAGAAAAAACUUUGCCAGAUCUAAGGCGAUGACCGUCAACAGGACUUACGACGAGCAUGUGAACUCCAGGGACAAGGAACCACUCUCCAGCAUGAGGAGGCGAGCUCUCCUCAGGAAAGCCAGCUCGCUACCUCCCACCACAGCCCACAUCUUGAGCGCCUUAUUGGAAUCUCGGGUCAAUAUCCCUCAGUAUGCAUCCACGGCGAUCGACUACAAAUGCGAACUCAGGGAUAACAACGAGAGAGAAUUCUUUCUGGAACUCGUCAAAGACAUCUCCAAUGAUUUGGACCUGACCAGCCUGAGCUACAAAAUCCUCAUAUUCGUCUGUAUCCUGGUCGAUGCCGACCGAUGCUCCUUGUUCCUUGUGGAAGGAACUUCCAAUAAAAAGACUCUAGUGUCCAAAUUCUUUGACGUGCACGCAGGGACCACAGUGCUACCUUCGUGCAGUAUGGAAAACUCCAACGAAGUGCAGGUGCCUUGGGGGAAAGGAAUCAUUGGUUAUGUGGCGGAACACGGACAGACGGUCAAUAUUCCUGAUGCUUACCAGUUUCUUUCAGUUAACACUUCGAAGAACAUCUCCAGAGGGUCUCCAGAGGACCGUCGCUUCAGAGAUGAAAUUGAUAAAUUGACAGGAUACAAGACAAAAUCCCUUCUGUGUAUGCCAAUUCGAAACAGUGAUGGUGAGAUUAUUGGCGUAGCCCAAGCUAUAAACAAAAAUCCAGGAGGAGCGCCCUUCACUGAGGAUGAUGAAAAGGUGCUGGGGAUGUAUCUCCCAUUCUGCGGAAUUGCAAUCUCAAAUGCUCAGUUGUUCGCUGCUUCCAGAAAGGAGUAUGAUAGGAGCAGGGCUUUGCUAGAAGUAGUCAACGACUUGUUUGAAGAGCAAACAGAUUUGGAAAAAAUUGUGAGGAAAAUAAUGCACCGAGCUCAGACGUUGCUGAAGUGUGAACGUUGUUCUGUCCUGCUCCUUGAAGACAUUGAGUCUCCGGUGGUAAAGUUUACAAAAUCGUUUGAACUCCUGUCUCCCAAGUGUAGUGCAGAUGCUGAAAGCAGCUUUAAAGACAGCAUAGAAAAAUCAUCCUAUUCAGAUUGGCUAAUUAACAACAGCAUUGCUGAGCUUGUAGCUUCAACAGGUCUCCCAGUGAACAUCAGUGAUGCGUAUCAAGAUCCACGGUUCGACGCUGAAGCUGAUCAGAUUUCUGGCUUCCACACCCGUUCAGUUCUUUGUGUACCAAUAUGGAACAGUGGCCAUCAGAUAAUUGGUGUGGCACAGGUCCUCAAUCGACUUGAUGGGAAGCCAUUUGAUGAUGACGACCAGAGACUGUUUGAGGCAUUUGUAAUCUUUUGUGGCCUUGGUAUCAACAACACCAUUAUGUACGAUCAAGUGAAGAAGUCCUGGGCAAAGCAAUCUGUAGCUCUUGAUGUCCUCUCAUAUCAUGCUACAUGUUUAAAGACUGAAGUAGACAAAUUUAAGGCAGCAAACAUCCCACUUGCCACUGAACUCAGUAUUGAUGAAUUCCAUUUCAAUGACUUCUCUCUUGACAAUGAUGCUAUGAUCACUGCAGCCCUCAGAAUGUUUAUGGAGCUCGGAAUGGUGCAGAAAUUCAAAAUUGAUUAUGAGACUUUGUGUAGGUGGUUACUGACUGUUCGGAAGAACUACAGGAUGGUUCUCUACCACAACUGGCGGCAUGCAUUUAAUGUGUCUCAAUGCAUGUUUGCAAUAUUGACAACUGCAGAUUUUCAGGAACUUUUGACAGAUACAGAAGUUCUUGGUCUAAUGGUAGGCUGCCUGUGUCAUGACUUGGACCACAGAGGCACUAACAAUGCUUUCCAAGCAAAGAGUGGAUCUGCCUUAGCACAGCUGUAUGGCACCUCAGCUACUCUGGAACUACAUCAUUUCAAUCAUGCAGUUAUGAUUCUUCAAAGUGAGGGUCACAAUAUUUUUGCAAGUCUGUCUUCCAGGGUGUAUAGUGACAUCAUGCAGCUUUUGAAACAGUCAAUACUAGCAACUGAUCUGACACUCUACUUUGAGCGAAGAAUGAAGUUUUUUGAACUUGUUAAUACAGGAGAGUACAACUGGAAUGUAAAGGAUCAACGAGAAAUGCUCAGGUCAAUGCUGAUGACUGCCUGUGACCUGGGGGCUGUGACUAAACCUUGGGAGAUAUCUAGACAGGUAGCAGAAUUGGUUACUAGUGAAUUCUUUGAACAAGGAGACAGGGAACGAUCGGAGCUGAAACUCACCCCUUCAGCCAUUUUUGAUCGUAAUAGAAAAGAUGAGCUCCCAAGGCUCCAGUUGGAAUGGAUCGAUGGGAUAUGUAUGCCCCUCUAUGAGGCUCUGGUGAAGGUCAAUCCAAAACUGAAGCCAAUGCUACAUGGGAUUAAAAGGAACAGAUGCAAAUGGGAGGAGAUGCACCGAAAAAGACAAGGGAGUAAAGACAAUGUCAGCUGCAGCAUAUCCACGCAGGACAUCAGUUAAAACCCCAAGCAUCAUUUGUGAGGAUCAGCUUGACUUGGCCAUAAUUCAACUGGAUCAAAGAUUCUUCGGUUGUGAUUUGCAAGGGUGAUUGGCACUGCUGAAAUCCCCACUGAGUUGCUGCAGGAUGCCGCAUUCCUUUGCUCCCAAUUGAGAGAAAGAGAAAACAACAAAUAAGAAAUGCAAUGCAACUAUCCAGUUGAAUGCUUCCAUCUAAAAAAACUGCUAGGAAGCACAGUAAGUUUAUUUAGCAAUGCACAGGUAAUGUAGCUUCAUCCAGUGCUACUAGUUGCUAAGGGUUUGCUGUCUUCUGCAAAAAAAAGUAUGAACAUGAUAAGCGGGUUUAAUGAACCAUCUUUUAAACACCAGGAUAGAGGACUGGAGUUUUCUGUGCAUCCUUUGUUACUCUGCAUCAGCAAAAUCUGUUAUUCGCCAGAUAUUGUCUGCUUCUAUGUUCUCUUAAUGCUGGAAUGUUCUUGUGGUAUUAUUUUCUAUUUUUCAGAUACUUUUCUGAAAGCAGUUUUCUACUUAUUUCUUCUCAAUGUGAGGAUGCCUUGAAAUCAGUUCUCUGUAGUGAAGAAAAUGUGAAUGAUAGAUAUAGGGAGGCAAAACCCUUUUAUGUGCAAUCUUUGGCAGGUGGAGCUGUGGUGGCUAGGAAUGAUCUAUAAGAGAAUGUGAGAGCACAGCUUUGCUUUUUAAAUCAGUGGUAGUUGAAGUUGUAUGUUAAACAGAAUGCAUGAUGAAGCAAAUCUAAUCAGAGCUGUACAAAUAGCAGGCAUGGGAUUUUGUCAGCAUGAAACAUUCAAACAAAACAAUAAAGAUUCUUCAGCUCUGUGUGACUUUUCUCACAACUGAAGAAUCAGAGGGAACAUUAUCAGGUGUUGAAACUGAACUGGCUGCGUAUGCCAAAAAGUGGCCACGCUUGAUUUUAAGAACUCUGCAUGCAUUUCACACCUGCAAGAUGUGGGAAAACAUUUGCAAGAUUAUUAAACCUAUUUUUAUGAAGGGACUGUCAUUGAUAAUUUGUUUUGGAGUUAUGAACACUUUGAUUCCACCCUGUCUGCAUUAUCUAUUUGUUGUUGCAAAUAUGCUUUUGAAGGUAUUAUCUUUUCACCCUUCCAAAGAAGAUCUGAUUACCAGUCAGAUUCUUUCUGUGACUACUAUAAAUCUUCAUGAUUCUGGUGGAACAUAAUUGAAUUGAUUAUCAGUGAACAGUUUAUACAGUGAGCCUCGAUAGGUUCCCAAAGUCUGCUGAGGUGGCUGAUUUGGUAACAUUUCCCCAAAACCCCCUUCUGGGACUUAAGCACAAGAAACAAAGCUAAGACUAUAAGGUACCAUCCAGGCUCUGUUUGCCUGCUCCAGUCUAUACAAAGAACCCCAUUUUAAAGAGGAGUCCUAGCUAAUUAUUUAAAGGCUGAUGAUUAUCACAUUGUUUUGUAGAGCUUUACUGUGCACUAACUGAAUGCCAUAUUUCCUACAUUACCAUAGUGACCACUUUAAUACCUUUAAAGUGCUUUGAGAUGUCUCUUGAAAGGCAUUAUUUAAAUGCAGGCCUUUCUUUCUUAUUGUAGCAGUUCAAAACAUGAACCCAUUCUUUUUAGAACCCACCCACAACU